CUCGUGUUUCCUGCGAACAAUUUAAGAGCGGGACAGACUACAGAUGUUCUAGCUAAAUUAAAUGUAUUGUGUCAUGAGUUACAGUGCGACGGUUAUAUAAUGUGUCAGUGUUUACCUCGUUAGUUAACUAUGUGACAUAUUUUAUACAUUUCGUAAGCUACUUAUCCAUUCGUGAAUGCAGAGAAACUGUAGCUAUUAAAGGUACGAUUAGCUAGAUCAUAACAAAUUACUGUAUACGAGAACAGCUAAGUUAGCCAACGCUAUCAUACCCAACUUGUAUUAGAUCCAGUUGAAGUUUAAUGUUCGCUACCGAUAGCUAGAAAGACUAACAGUUUCUGCUCGUUUGAGAGAUAUGUCGCUAUUUCCAUCUCCAGUAUCUAUCGCAACGUGUACUUAUAAUAUGACCUGUGAAAUAAGAUAGCUAAAAAACGCUUGAUUUGUGUCCGAAGCGAGGUAGCUCACUGUAACGUUGUAUAGGCUGGAUCUACUGUACUGUAAGUAACAGUAGUUAAGAGUUGGCUGCCUCGUUAAGUUAGUUAGUCUACGCUUUAACAAAGUCCUGGACUUCAGACUUCAGAAAAUGUCUGCAACAGUAAAUCUUGAGCUGGACCCCAUCUUUUUGAAAGGUCUGGGGUACCUUCAUUCCAAAAGUAAAGAUUCCGCCGAGAAACUCAAAGCUCUGUUGGACGAAUCUUUAGCUAGAGGAAGCGACUCGCCUUACAGGACGUCUCACAAGGAAGUGGACGUCAGUCGCGGAUCUGUCACAAAAGUGACCUUGACCAAACCCGAGAGUAAAUCCUCUUCCGGUUCCUCAUCAUCAAGCAUCAAUAAUGGGAAAACUGGCAACUUGGAGAAGAGCAAGAAAGAAGCUGAAAAAAGGCCUUUGGAAAAGGUCAAGGUGGAUGUUGUCGAUGGAGCCGAGCCACCAAAGAAGCCUCGUCUGGAGAAGCAGGAGAACCGCUCCUCUCCCAUCACCGUCCAGAUCAGCAAGGAGCUGAGCAUGCCCGACCUCUCCAGCUUUGAGGAGACCAGCGCCGACGACUUCGCCAUGGAGAUGGGCCUGGCCUGUGUGGUGUGCCGGCAGAUGACGGUCACCUCGGGCAACCAGCUCGUGGAGUGCCAGGAGUGCCACAACCUGUACCACCAGGAGUGCCACAAGCCGCAGGUGACGGACAAGGACGUGAACGACCCGCGGCUGGUGUGGUACUGCGCCCGCUGCACGCGGCAGAUGAAGCGCAUGGCCCAGAAGACUCAGAAGCCUCCGCAGAAGGCGUCUCCGGCGGCCGUGACCCCCGCCCCGGUGGUGAAGGAUGCCCUGCUGAAGAAGGCCGAGGCCAGGCCAAAGCAGGACACGCCCAGCACCUUCCAGGCCUUCAAGAGAGCGGAAGUCAAGGUGUCCACGGCGGCGGCGGCUAACGUCUCUGGCGGCGGCGGCGGCGGCUCCUCCGUCCCCGCCUCCAGCGGUCUGACGGGGUGGGCCGCGUUCGGCGCUAAGACGGCCGCCGCGGGUUCGACCGCCGCCGCCAAGCCGAGCUCGGUCCUUCAGAGCGGCGGGGGGAAGGCCGCCGCGUCCGCAUCCGCGUCCUCCCAGAAACCCGCGGGGCUCUCCGGGCUGGCCGUCGCCAAGACGGGCCCGUCCGCUAAGGCCUCGGCGGGGGGCUCUGCUGGCGAGGCGUCCGGCCCGGUCCCCCUCAGGCCCCCGCCCCCCCUCACCCUGGGCAAGCCGGGCCUGAACCGGGCCUCCAGCGGCGACAGCGGCAGCAAGGCGGGCGUGUCCGGCGCCAGCGGCGGCCCGCCCAGCGGCAGCGGUAAUGGCGGUUCGGGGGGAAACGGCGGCGGCGGCAGCAGCAGCAGCAGCAGCAGUAGCGGUGGCGGUAACAGUAACAAUGGCACCAAGGCUGGUGGCGAGUCCUCCGCCGGAGGUAAGGGGGCAGGGCAGACUUCCCAGGAGUCUCAGCUCAGCGCUCUGAAGCGUCUGCAGAUGGUGAAGAAGAAGGCCGCGCAGAGGAAGCUGAGGAAGUAGCGGCCGGCUAAACGAGCUAAAGGAUACGGUGCCUUCUGGGAUAGAUUUGGGGGUGUGCUAUCGAAUAUUUAUAUUUUAUAUGUUUUUUAAGUAUCUAAAAAAACAACAAGAACCAACGUCAGGUUAUAUUUACUUGAAUUACACUGAGAAUCUGCUGCUGGCUCUUCUGGACUGGUUUAAUGCUAUGGCUAGAGCCACCAUGUGACCUGCAGGGAUUUAAACUUGUAUUUCAGUGGUUGUCCUCCAGGGGUCCCCAUAGGCACUCCAACAGCACAGUCAAGUGGCUAAUAGGAGAACUGAGUUUCUGAUUGAGACAUGUAUAAAAACAAAAAGUUUAUCUAAUAUGGGGAGAGGAAGGAAGGAAGGUGAACGUGGAGGGAGGUUUAAAUGCUACAAAAGAGCGUGUUAAACCAGUUGAUUACA